GGACAACUGCAUCUCUCUCUUGCGGAGUUCUCGCGGCUGUAGGGAGGGAUGAAGCAACGAUUUUCUCGUACCACAGCGGACUUGUUCCUUCUCGCACCCUGUGAAGUGUACACAGAUUUCGUUUCCACCGAUAGUCUUAUUCGGACCAGUACUGACCGUGCUUUCAGCUGGCACAUUCUCACUGAAUCCUCUUUAAGUAACAAUAACCAUACAGAUUCAUGCAUCAUGCAGACUCGUGCAGCAGCAAAGAGGUUUGCUGCCGCGGCCGAGGCGGCCAGAAGCGCCAUUGGCACACCCAGCCAACCCACGACGCUCACACAACCCCCCGAAACUGCGAAUGACCCAAGUCCCGCGCACAAUCCAGAGCCCGUGGGCAAGGCCACCCGUGGUUCAAAGCUCACGCGUGCCGGGAAGAAAAAAGCACCACCGGUGAAGGGAGGCUGGGCCUUACCCCAUGGUAUGGGCGUUGGUGUUGCAAAGCAGGAUGAUGGAAGUUUGCUGAAAACCGAGGAAACUCCUUUGGUUUUGGGAAGCAUCGGCUUGUCGUCAACUGCCGUGGCGGGCCAGAUCCGAGAUAACUCGCCCGCUGACAGUCAGUCCAGCACCAAGCAGGAUGUCCCGAGACGGACAAGGCAAACUCGGUUGUCUCUCCGGGUAACUAAAGCCGGGCUCACCAAUCGGAACAAUCUACCAAAAGAGGACAAACCAAAUGUGUCGCUGGAAGAGGUUGACAAUCCUUCAAUCAAGCAGGAUGAUGGUCGCCCCAGCAAACGGGCGCGGACUGCACGAUUGGCAGCUGGACAGACAGUCGACUCGCCCGCCACCACCAGAGCAACAUUAGCGCUCGCUCUGGCGGAGACCGAGAAGGACCAAACUACCGAGCCGACGGCGCUAAAGCUCUUGGUAUUUAGAGGCGUCACCUUCCAAGAUGGCAUGUUUGCCAAGAGCUCGGACAAAAUCAUUGUCGACACCAGCAAGUUCCUGGACCCAAAUUUCAAACGCAUCGUGAAGAGAGGCAAGGAGAACCCGUAUGGGCUGACACCAGGACUCUCGCCCUACCCGUACAGACGGGUACCGACCCCUGAAGCUUGCGAGGAGGUGCACAGAAUCCUGUCCGAGUUCCACGGGGAGGUGAAGCAGCCCGAGAAGAUGCCAUCUGCAUCACUCGAGGUAGCCGGCUGUGGCGAGGUCCCCUGUGUCCUGGACGCUCUCCUGAGGACGCUGAUCUCGGGAAACACCUUAAUGGCAAUGGCAGAUGCUGCCAUUAAGAACCUGGCCCAGCACUAUGGUCUCCGCACAGAAGGCACCGGUGCCGGGAGCAUCAACUGGGAGAAAGUGCGCCUCUCAUCCCACCAAGAGCUCGUUGAAGUCAUCAAGAUCGCCGGUAAUGGACCCAAGAAAGCCCGCCAUAUAAAACAGAUCCUGGACAUGGUGUACGAAGAAAACCUCCAACGGGCUCAGGGCCAGCCUUCGCUCACGAAAGCAAACCCCAUCCAAAGAGGGGAUGGGACCUGUGUGGCUACGCAAAACCUCCUCUCGCUCGAUCACAUGCACAGCAUGAGCAAGGAUGAGGCGAUGGCCAAAUUUGUGAGCUACCCAGGAAUUGGCAUCAAGACCGCGGCUUGUGUUACACUCUUCUGCCUGCGGAUGCCUUGCUUCGCCGUGGAUACGCAUGUCCACAAGUUCUGCCGCUGGCUUGGAUGGGUUCCCGCCAAGGCCGAUCCCGACAACUGCUUCAGGCACGGGGAGGUCAUGGUCCCGGAUCACUUGAAGUACGGGCUGCAUCAGCUGUUCAUCCGGCACGGCCAGCAGUGCUUCAAGUGCAGGAAGGUAACCAAACCAGGCACAAAGGAAUGGGACGAGGCGCCAGAUUGUCCCUUGGAGCACCUGCUUGACCGAAGCAAGGACGAAGCUGCGGCAAAGCCGAAGCGAAACGGGAAGGUCGAGGAAGAGUCGGACCCUGAAGAUGCAAGCUCUGGGAUGGAGGACUAGGCGAGCGAUACGGCGGCGAAGGGAGCACUGUGGACUUGCUCGGGAGGAUCUGGUUUGAGGAGUACAGCUACUUGGGGAGAGGUUCGCUCAAUUUCAUAGCAAACGCCGCCUCUACGAGGUCCGGGGCUUGAUCUGAUGGGAAAGAGUGCCAACGAUUCAGCAAUUCAGCAGGUUUCAUACACCGAGUUUUCCUACACAAGAGCAGCUAAAUCAGCUAUUCUGUGCAAACCUUAACAGACUACUCCGCCCAUCAAUGGGAAGUAUUCUGUCUUGUGUAACGGGUGGGUUGCCCGGAUGUCCAGAUUACCUACUGUAGCUGGCUAGAGGUAUUGAAGUGUAGGUAAACUACAGCACCAUUGCGAAGGAGAGCAGUCAG